GGGACCGGGCCGGGCCGGGGGAGGCGGCUCCAGAGCCCAGCAAGGGCCGAGGUGGCUUUUGGGGAAUACGAGGCUGGGGUGACCCCGCCGGGACCUCCUGGAUCCCCGCAGGGUUCAGCUUCGGCCGGGCAUAUCCCACCUGGAACUCCUGACCCGAUUCCCAUUAAUUUAUCCGAAACUAUGACGGCUCGCCUGAUGCUGGCUGUGGGAGGAGCGGUGCUGGGCUCCCUCCAGUUUGGAUACAACACCGGCGUCAUCAAUGCCCCACAGAAGGUGAUUGAGGAUUUCUACAACCGCACGUGGCUGUACCGAUAUGAGGAGCCCAUCAGCCCCGCCACCCUUACCACACUUUGGUCCCUCUCUGUUGCCAUCUUCUCUGUCGGGGGCAUGAUUGGCUCCUUCUCUGUGGGGCUCUUUGUCAAUCGCUUUGGAAGACGCAAUUCCAUGCUGAUGUCCAACAUCCUUGCCUUUGUGUCAGCUGUCCUCAUGGGCUUCUCCAAGAUGGCUUUCUCCUUUGAGAUGCUCAUCCUUGGCCGCUUCAUCAUCGGCCUCUACUCCGGCCUCACCACGGGUUUUGUGCCCAUGUACGUGGGCGAGGUGUCCCCCACUGCCCUGCGGGGGGCCUUGGGGACCUUCCACCAGCUUGGCAUUGUCCUGGGCAUCCUCAUUGCACAGGUGUUUGGUUUGGACCUGAUCAUGGGAAACGACUCUCUCUGGCCACUGCUGCUGGGCUUCAUCUUUGUUCCUGCCCUGCUGCAGUGCAUCAUCCUGCCCUUUGCCCCUGAGAGCCCCCGGUUCCUGCUCAUCAACCGCAACGAGGAGAACAAAGCCAAGAGUGUCCUCAAGAAGCUGCGAGGCACAACGGAUGUGAGCAGUGACCUGCAGGAGAUGAAGGAGGAGAGCCGGCAGAUGAUGAGGGAGAAGAAGGUCACCAUCAUGGAGCUGUUCCGCUCGCCUAUGUACCGCCAGCCCAUCCUCAUCGCCAUUGUCCUGCAGCUCUCCCAGCAGCUCUCAGGGAUCAAUGCGGUCUUCUACUACUCCACCAGCAUCUUCGAGAAGUCGGGGGUGGAGCAGCCUGUCUACGCCACCAUUGGCUCUGGCGUAGUGAACACAGCCUUCACGGUGGUCUCACUGUUCGUGGUGGAGCGAGCUGGGCGCAGGACCCUGCACCUCAUUGGGCUCGCAGGGAUGGCUGGAUGUGCCAUUCUCAUGACCAUCGCCCUCACGCUGCUGGACCAAAUGCCCUGGAUGUCCUACCUCAGCAUUGUGGCGAUCUUUGGGUUUGUGGCCUUCUUUGAGAUCGGCCCGGGCCCCAUUCCAUGGUUCAUUGUGGCAGAGCUGUUCAGCCAAGGCCCCCGUCCAGCUGCUUUCGCUGUGGCUGGGCUCUCCAACUGGACCUCCAACUUCAUCGUGGGAAUGGGCUUCCAGUACAUUGCGCAACUCUGUGGCUCCUACGUCUUCAUCAUCUUCACGGUGCUGCUCGUGCUCUUCUUCAUCUUUACCUACUUCAAGGUGCCAGAGACCAAAGGCCGGACCUUUGACGAGAUUGCCUCGGGCUUCCGGCAGAGCGGGGGUGGCCAGAGUGACAAGACCCCGGACGAGUUCCACAGCCUGGGCGCUGACUCGCAGGUGUAACCUGGACCCCCGGUGCCACUGCCCCCUCAAUUCAGGGGGACUUUUUUAAACACUUUGUACAGACGCCAGGCAGGAGGGAGUGGGGGGGGUCUGGCUCCAACGCCCCUUGUCCAGCCUCCCCCAGUGGUUUACUGGAGACAGGCUGACCUAUUUUAUUUUAUUUCUUUUCUGCUAGGAACAAAAUAUUUUAUUUUAUUUUAUUUUAUUAUUUUUUCUGGUUUCGCGUCCAAGAUUUCAAAACUGAUAGGUGUUUUAAAACCCAGCCACUCAGCCCUCACCAGCAGGAGGGCAAUUCCCUGUUUUUUAUUAAUGACGUGAUAGUUAUUUAAUGGAAAAUCACGUAGAGAAAGUUUUUAAAAAGCUGGAAACUUAUUUUUUAACGUUCUAAUCAUAGAGGAAAAAAAAAAAAAUCACAUAAAUUGACUAAAUCUAAUAUUUUUUUUAAAAAAAAAAACUACCAAGAAAAUGAAUAAAUUUUUAAAGUCUCCUUGAUUUCAAGCCCUGCGGUGGGUUUGUGGACGGGGACCUCCCGCCUGGGGCAGCGCGGAGGAUGGAGCCGCCUGGAUGGAUUGGUUGGAAAGGUCAAUCUGUUGUUGCAGGCUCUUCUCCUUUUGCCUGAAUUCCAGCUGGGAGGGGAAAAUAAAAUGGGAGAUGGGGGGAUGUGUUCUUGUUGAAUUUUGGGAUUAAUCUCGGCAAUAUUUGCCCGACAGUGAAGCGCCAGUGGCAGCCGCACACAACAUCCCCCUCCAUCAGUACCCCCCAUCCUGGGAUGCACCAAAAUCCAGCACCGCAUGGAUACAGCUGUUUCCUGCUCUGUGUAUAGACUGGAAGAUAUUUAUAUUAUAUAUAUUUUUGUUCAAUGGUUGUUAAUAGUAGACAUUUAAGUUAUAGCGUUUCUGAUUUGACAAGCCAAGUACUGUAAAUAUUCUUGGAGUAUAUUCACACUGUAUAAUGCAUACAAAAGGUACAGAAAAAGGUUAUAGUUUCUAUAGCAACUAAGAAAAAAAGCUUGUACAUGGUUAGGAUGACUUUUGUAUAGUUCUGCACUGUAGUUGUAUCUAUUGCACUGAAUUUCAGGCUGUAGUAUAUUAAAAAAAAAUACACGAGGAAUACUGUCCUUUUCAGACAAAACUGAAAACAGACACAAAAAAAAGCAUUUCCCUGAGUGCAGCUGGUGUGGGAGCUUCUGGCACAUUCCCAAAGCCACAGGGAGGGUUGUUUUUUUGGUUUGUGUUGGGGUUUUUUUGUUGUUUUUUUUUAAUAGUAUCUUUUUUAAAAUUUAUUUGUUUGGUUUGGAAGGGAUGACACUUGACCACACGUGAAAGAAAAUAAAUGGGGGGGGGGGGAGUAAAAGAAAUCUCUUUAAAAAUGCCUGUUCUUAGCUGGUUCUGGUAUAGCCGUGCCAAGCUGUGGAGGUGUGUGUGUGGUUUUGUAAGCAAAUCCCUGCAGUGAAGUGCCAAGGGGAAGGUGUGUGGUGUGAACAAUAAAGGAGAAUGUGAGCGGCCACCCAG